AUGACCGAUGUCGCUGCGGCGUCCGUGGUGGAUACACCACCCAACCACACGCUGUAUUUGAAUAAUCUAAACGAUAAGAUUAAGGCUGAUCGUACAAAGGCCACUCUAUAUGCAACAUUUUCACAGUAUGGCAAGAUCCUGGAGAUUGUCAUGGGUCGCGCUCGACGGCUACGGGGUCAAGCGUGGGUUACAUUUGACGACAUUGCAAGCGCUUCUAAUGCAUUACGUGCCGUGAAUGGAUCUAUUUUGUUUGAGAAGCCCGUGGUGAUUCACUUUGCAAAGGAAAAGGCUGAUGUUAUUGCUCGACGGGAGGGAACUUUUGUUCCACGCGAGAAGCGGAAGCGUGAGCCCAAGCUUGUACAAGAGCAGACGACCAAGAAGCAAGUGGGUGAAAACAACAGCAGCGUAACAGCAGUAGUAGCACCACCGCCACUGGCGCAGAACGUUCCCAAUAAGAUUUUGUUUCUCCAGGCAUUACCUGAUUCCUGCAAUAAGGACAUGUUGAGCGUCUUGUUCAAGCAGUACCAGGGUUUCAAGGAAGUUCGUAUGGUACCAGGCAAGAAAGGAUUGGCAUUUGUCGAGUUUGGCAAUGAGGCACAGGCCGCUAUUGCGUUGCAGGGACUUUUUGGUUUUAAGCUCACACCGACAGACGCACUCCGAGUCUCAUUUGCCAACAAGUAG